AUAGCCGGCUGAAGCGGUAUCUAUGUCAAUACGAUGUCCAUGAGCGUGACCGCGUCUACUUAAUAGUUUCGUGUAAGCCUGAAUCGUGUUUAUUUAUUUGUUUUUGUAUUCUUUCAUUGUUUACGUGUAAUUUAUAUCGCAAGAAGAACCUUUAGAUUUGAUGCGUGUGUGCUACAUUAGCUCCCUAUAGCAGGGCUUUGCUAAUUUGCUAGGUCACAGCAUGUGGAGAAACCCAGUCAAGUCGUUUCUACGGCGAAUCAAAGGACUCAAUGUACGACCAAGAGCCCGUGGAUCAUGCACCAGAAGCGAGAAGAAGUGGGUCGUGCCCACUGGAUUUGACACAGGUUUAAAGACUUUCAACAGCCUCACCAAACAGAACGAGCCUCUGAUUCUGGCUCGAGAGGGAGUAGCCACUUGGUACAGCUGUGGGCCCACCGUGUACGACCAUGCCCACUUGGGCCAUGCAUGUUCAUACGUCAGGUUUGAUGUGCUCCAGAGAAUCUUGUCCAGGUUGUUUGGCAUCACGGUCAUCCACGCCAUGGUCAUCACAGACAUUGAUGACAAAAUCAUCCAAAGAGGUUGGCAGGAGAACAUCUCACCCAUCAUCAUAGCCAGAAUGUAUGAAGAGGAAUUCAAGAAGGAUAUGAUGUCAUUGAAGGUGCUUCCUCCUGCGGUUUAUGUACGAGUCACUGAGAACGUACCGCAAAUUGUGGCCUUCAUUCAGAGGAUCAUCGAGAAUGGAAAUGCCUAUGCCACAAAAGAAGGUGAUGUUUAUUUUGAUAUCCAGUCCAUCGGGGAUCGCUAUGGCAAGUUUGGGGCAGCUGGAGAUUCUCAAGAAGGAGCUGGUAGCUCCAGUAAAAAAGAUGUGAGGGAUUUUGCUCUGUGGAAGCGAUCAAAACCUCAAGAACCACACUGGGAAUCUCCUUGGGGCCCAGGAAGACCAGGGUGGCAUAUCGAGUGUUCCACCAUUGCAAGCUCAAUGUUUGGGAGUCAGCUGGAUAUCCACUCAGGUGGCAUUGACCUGGCCUUCCCUCACCAUGAGAAUGAGGUUGCACAGAGCGAAGCCUAUCAUCAGUGUGACCAGUGGGCCAAUUACUUCCUGCACUCAGGACAUUUACACCUCAAAGGCAGUGCGGAGAAAAUGUCGAAAUCUCUGAAGAACUACGUCACCAUUAAGGACUUCCUGCAGACUCACUCCGCCAAUGAGUUCCGUAUGUUCUGCCUCUUGACCAAAUACAGAUCAGCUAUAGAUUACAGUCACAGCAGCAUGUUGGAAGCUCGGGUCUCCCUAGCAACCAUAUCUACCUUCUAUAAUGAUGCUCAGGCCUACAUAAAUGGUCAGCUGCAGUGUUUGCCUGUGCAAGAUGGAUUACUCUGGGAGAGGUUGGCUCAGACAAAAGCACUUGUGAUGACAGCCCUGGCUGAUGACUUUGACACCCCAAGAGCCAUGAAUGCCAUCAUCGAUUUGGUUUACCAGGGAAACUGCCAGCUACAGCCGGUUUCCAGGGCUGCAGGAGGAACCAGAAGUCCAGCAGUUUUGGGAGCCAUGAUGGCCUACAUAAGAGACAUUUUGGACGCGUUUGGGAUCGACCCCUUUCAUAACAAGGAGGCGGAAGCCAUAAGCCAGUCUGGAAGCCUACAGGCUGUUGUCGAUCAGCUAACUCAAUUCCGAAGUGAAGUCAGAGCCUUUGCCCUCACCCGUCAGUCAACAACAUCAGAGAAGUUCCAAGAAGCACUUCAUCCAGACAGAAUCCCGCUCCUUAAAGCAAGUGACGAUCUGAGGAAGAACCUGGUACCUCUUGGGGUGCUUAUAAAAGAUCGAGGAGCCAGCUCCACGUGGGAGCUAACGAAAAGAGCACCAGAAAUUACAGACAGGAUGAAACCCAGCACAGACAAAGCGGUUCAUGGAUGAAUGGAUUCAAGCAUAUUUCUGAUUUAAAAAACAAAAUAAUUUUAAUGGAUUUCAUUUCUUUAAAUUGUGUCAUUGUUCUGUCACUAUACCUCACUGGCAUAUAUGAACAUUAUUUGUAAUCAAUAAAUAAAUAACUUUCUGACCAUUUAAGUGAAAUUAGAUGAUUUCCUGUGUCACACAUGGCGAUCUCUCAGCGGUGGUUGGGACUCACUUUUAUUAGAGGGUUUGUUUGCACGACCUGCAGAAGGUUUGGGCUGGAAGAUUCACCGCAUGGGGGUUAGAAAGUGGAGAAUUUAGUAAAAAUGCCAAAAUUCUAUUGAAACAUUGUGAUGCUGGAUGUUGUCUGAGUUACAUCCUGUCCAUCAAGCAGUGUUGCGGUUCUCUGGUUUCAAAUUAAUCAGAGUGUUACUGGCAUGGGCCAACUCCGUGAUAGAAACUCGACCUCUUUGUUUGAUGAACUGUGCCACUGCGUCCAUUUCUGCCGGAGUGAUGGAUAUAAACUUCCCCCUGUCAUCAAUGACCCCUGGGGGAGAAAAGAAAUUCCAAGAUUUCAUAAAUACAACAAGCUAAACUACCAUUUGUAUGUACCUUAAAUAUGUAAAAAUAAAAAUUACAUUGGCUGCAAAUCAAUUAGGUGUUGAAAGUGGUUUCCAAAAAAUUUUGACAACCGUCUAAAACUGGAGUAAUCCAAAGUCCAGCCCAUGGGCCAUUAGACACAUCACAUAACUAAAAUGCAUUGUGCUACAGGCAACAUUUACUUGAAAUGUUUGGCAAGACUUAGAAAAACAUGCAUACAGUUUGAUGUUAGUAAUGACAAGUUGUUACUGUAAAAGUGUUAUAUUUGAGUGAAACCUACGCCAUGUUCAAGAAAAUUGUUUUCUGGAAAAAUAAUUGAUGAAAAUAAAACAUUUUCAUCACAAUUUCAAGACGCAGUUGCAAUAUCAAGUAUCGGUACUUGGCUAGUUCUCAACAGCAAGUAAUUUAAUCAUAUUCUGUCUGGAAAAAAAGUGGUAUUGGAUUGGUUUUAGUGUGUUUAAUGAAUUAAAGUUAAAGAAUGUACAAGGGGCCCUUGUAGACUUUGAUUCUUUUCAGCCCUCAAAUUAAAAUGUUUGGA